AUGACCUCGGUUAUACUGGGGAGAUCGUCCAACAACUUGACGGCAGGGAUAGUAGGAUUAGCCAAUGUCGGCAAGUCGACCUUCUUCCAAAGUAUAACGAAUUCAAAGCUGGGCAAUCCAGCAAACUACCCGUUUGCCACGAUAGAACCCUCACAGGCGGUAACACAGCUUCCUAACGAGAAGCUGUUCCACUUACAAGAUAUUUACAAGGCUAAGAAGGUCGUACCGUCGACGCUGACAGUGAUAGACAUCGCAGGGUUGACUAAAGGUGCUUCAGAUGGGAAGGGGCUAGGGAACAAGUUUCUAAACGACAUCAAGAUGGUGGAUGGGAUAUUCCAUCUUGUGAGAGGGUUUUCCGGGGAGGAGGUGACGCAUUUGGAAGGCGGCGUCGACCCUGUGAGGGAUAUGUAUCUGGUGCAAGACGAAUUGAUUCUUAAGGAUUUGGAGUACUUGGAAAGGUCCAUAGAGCAGAAUUCUAAGAAGAGGAUCCCUCAUUCGAACGUAGAGUAUAAGAUCUUGCAAGGGGAGACGAAGUUGCUCGAACAGCUGCAAGAGUUCCUUUACAAUGGCCAAAAGAUCUCUAACUUUAAGACUGAGUGGGGGGAGGACGAGGCGAAAGUGCUCAAUAAGUACAAUUUCUUGACAAGCAAGCCAACGCUGAUCCUAUUUAAUGUUGAUCCGAUAGACUAUCUCACCGGAAAGCACAAAUCUCUCAAGGAUAUGAUAACGUGGAGGGAUCAGUAUGCCCCGAGGGACAAUAUUGUACUAUUUAGUGCGGAGAUAGAAACCAAGUACAACGAAAUGGUUGUUCAUAAGGGAGACCGAGAACAGUUCACAAACUAUUGUAAACAGCUGGCGCCAGGCAUCACGGAGGCGGACUCCGCUCUGUCCACCAUCAUCCAGGAGAUGAAAUGCAAACUGCAUUUACUCAAUUUCUACACUUGUGGGGACGUCGAGGUGAAACAGUGGAAUAUAAGAGAGGGGACUACCGCGAGGGAGGCAGCAGGUGUGAUCCACACAGAUUUGCAAAGGACAUUCAUCAACGCAGAAAUCACUCACUACGCUGAUGUCGAUGCGCACGUCGUGAAACGCGUUGGUAAGGACUACGUAAUGCAGGACGACGACAUUGCAUUCUUCAAGGCAGUCGGUGGUAAGACAAGGUGA